AUGGUAGUCAAGAGGCAAAAGAAAGCGAGGAAACCCAUUAUUCUCAAUGCCUUUGAUAUGGGCACUGUUGGGUUACAGUCUCCGGGACUCUGGAAGCACCCGCAAGACAAGUCUAGGGACUACAAUACAAUUGAGUACUGGACCAACUUGGCUCAGCUUUUGGAAAGAGGCAAGUUCAACGCUUUGUUCAUUGCCGAUGUUUUGGGGCCAUACGAUGUUUAUAAUGGCCCUAGGAACCUAACUGCAGCUGCAAAAGCAGCAGCUCAAUGGCCCAUAAACGAACCCUCGGCGGUAAUCUCUGCCAUGGCAGCUGUUACUAGAAACUUGUCGUUUGCCGUAACUGCUAGCACCAUAAGUGAGGCCCCCUACCAUUUUGCCAGAAGAUUGGCCACUUUGGACCAUUUAUCGAAAGGCAGAAUAGGCUGGAAUAUCGUGUCGUCUUAUUUGGACUCGGCCAGUAGAAAUUUACUAAAUGGCGAGCCAUUGCCUCCUCACGACGAACGAUAUGAGAAAGCCGAGGAGUAUUUGGAAGUUGUUUACCAAUUGUUUUUAUCUUCAUGGGCCGAUGACGCAGUCAAGGUGGAUAGGAAAAAGGGUAUUUUUGCCGAUCCCGAAAGGAUCAGGGAAAUCAACUACGAAGGCGAGCAUUUCAAAGUCCCCGGCCCUUUCAUCUGCGAACCUAAUCCAUAUCAAAGAUUGCCCGUCAUUUUGCAAGCAGGGGCAAGCUCCAAAGGUAUGGAAUAUGCAGCAAAGAACGCGGAAGCCGUCUUCAUCAACGGAAUGACUCCAGAGGGCUUGAAAACCAAAAUCGACAAGUUAAACUCUUUGAUCGAGAAACACGGAAGAAAUCCAAAAGAUGUGAAAAAGGUGCAGUUGUUGACGGUGAUAGUGGCGCCCACGCACGAAGAAGCAAUUGAAAAAUUCCACGAUUACAAACAGUACGGGGACUUGGAAGGGGCCCAAGCGUUAUUCGGCGGCUGGACCGGUGUAAACCUUGGCGAGUACGAUUGGGAGCAGGAACUCACCGAGGUUGAAAGCAACGCUGUGCGGAGCAUGGCGGAAAUGUGGACCAAGCCCUUCCCUGGUGAUCCGCCCAAUUUGAAAAAAACGAGAAGAUAUAUCGCCGACAAGGUUUCACUAGGCGGUAGUGGUGUUUUGUUUAUUGGAUCGCCUGCAGAAGUCGCCGACGAGAUUGAAAACUGGGUGGAUGUAUCUGGAGUCGACGGCUUCAACUUGACUUACGCCAUCACCCCUGGAAGCUUUGAAGAUGUGGUUGAUUUGUUGAUUCCAGAAUUGCAGAGAAGAGGAUUGGUCUGGGACGAUUACCCAAAGGAAGGAUUGACUUUUAGAGAGAAUUUGUACGGGACAGAUGGAGACGAUCCAACGUAUUUGAAGCCCGACCACCCAGCGUAUGACCUUAGGUGGCGUGAGGGGCAAAGCAAGGAAGAGUUUGAGGAAAAGUUUCAAAAAGCGUGGAAGGAAAACUUUGGUAAAUAG